AUGAGCCGGGAGGCUAUCUGCAGCGCCCUGCCCACCAUUCCCUGCCACAAGCUCGCCGACCUGCGCUACCUGAGCCGCGGCGCGUCGGGCACCGUGUCGUCCGCCCGCCACGCAGACUGGCGCGUUCAGGUGGCCGUGAAGCAGCUGCACAUCCACACCCCUAUGCUCGACAGUGAAAGAAAUGAUGUUUUAAGAGAAGCUGAAAUUUUACACAAAGCUAGAUUUAGUUACAUUCUUCCAAUUUUGGGAAUUUGCAAUGAGCCUGAAUUUUUGGGAAUAGUUACGGAAUACAUGCCAAAUGGAUCAUUAAAUGAACUCCUACACAGGAAAACAGAAUAUCCUGAUGUUGCUUGGCCACUGAGAUUUCGCAUCCUGCAUGAAAUUGCACUGGGUGUAAACUACCUGCACAAUAUGAAUCCUCCUCUACUUCAUCAUGACUUGAAGACUCAAAAUAUCUUAUUGGAUAAUGAAUUUCAUGUUAAGAUUGCAGAUUUUGGUUUAUCAAAAUGGCGUAUGAUGUCCCUCUCACAAUCACGAACUAGUAAAUCUUCACCAGAAGGAGGGACAAUUAUCUAUAUGCCACCUGAGAACUACGAACCUGGACAAAAAUCAAGGGCCAGUGUCAAGCAUGAUAUAUAUAGCUAUGCAGUGAUCACAUGGGAAGUCUUAACCAGAAAACAGCCUUUUGAAGAAGUCACCAAUCCUUUGCAGAUCAUGUAUAGUGUAUCACAAGGACAUCGACCUAACACUAACGAAGAAAGUUUACCACUUGAUAUACCUCAUCGAGCACUUAUGAUCUCUCUAAUAGAAAGUGGAUGGGCGCAAAAUCCAGAUGAAAGACCAUCUUUCUUAAAAUGCUUAAUAGAACUUGAACCAGUUCUGAGGACAUUUGAAGAGAUAACUUUUCUUGAAGCUGUUAUUCAGCUAAAGAAAACAAAGUUAAAGAGUGCUUCAAGCACUAUUCACUUAUGUGACAAGAAGAAAAUGGAGUCAUCUCUGAACAUACCUGUAACUCAUGGACCACAGGAGGAAUCGUGUGGAUCCCCUCAACCCCAUGAAAGUAGUGAUUCUAGUAGAGCCUCAAAGUCCCUGUCAGCAUCUCCAGACAAUGAUUUUUUAUCUAGAAAAACUCAAGACUUUUCUACGCUGUGUCACUAUCCAGUAAAUCACAGUUGCAAUAGUAACAUUUCUGCAGCUCAAAAGGGGACAUUUUGUGAUUACAAGACCACCCUAUGCUCUUUAACAGUAAUAAAUCCACUCCCAGCUGAGGGAAACUCAGUGCGAUCACAGCCUGGCAUAGCCCAACAGUGGAUCCAGAGUAAAAGGGAAGACAUUGUGAGCCAGAUGACAGAAGCUUGCCUUAACCAGUCACUAGAUGCUCUUCUGUCCAGGGACUUGAUCAUGAAGGAGGACUAUGAACUCAUUAGUACCAAACCUACAAGGACCUCAAAAGUCAGACAGUUACUGGACACCACUGACAUCCAAGGAGAAGAAUUUGCCAAAGUUAUAGUACAGAAGUUGAAAGAUAACAAGCAAAUGGGUCUUCAGCCUUACCCGGAAAUACUUGUGGUUUCUCGAUCACAAUCUUUAAAUUUAUUUCAAAAUAAAAGCUUAUAAGGGACUCUUUUUCAAGAAGAAAAGUCAUUCUAUAAAAGGGUAUUUUAUUUUUCUGUUGCCUUUAUCUUAUUGGCUUUAUAAAAUCCACAUGAGUAUUAGAAGCGUUAAUGAAGUUUCUUCUUCAGGUAAAUAUUAGUCUUCUUCCAUGACAUUAUAGUAUUUUUUAAAAUUAAUAUAUUAGAAAGUCUGCAUUUUGCUACAGAGUUCAAUUGUUUGUCUCUUUGGUUAAUUGAAAUUAUUUUUUAAAUGUAAUAAUUAUAUUCUUGUAUAUAACAAUGUCUUAAGGUAUGAUGCAUUUCUCAUGGAAGCCAUUUUCAUAUUCAUUUUCUUUGUGGGUUAUUUAUUACUUGUCUAAGAUGCAGUUUGGCUUUUGGAAAUGUAGCCUUUAUACUUAAAUUAGAGCUAGUACAGCAUUUCUAACCUAUAGUGCCAGGUUCAAAUCCUCACCAAAAGAUUGUUCAUUAAACUUUGUUAUCCAGAUUACAUUUUUAAAUCCUACUCAUUGAAUUCUUCUUUAAAAAAAAUGUUUCAAAGGUAAAAUGACACAAAGUCUAUGAAGAAAAAAUUAAUCUUUCAAUAUAUGUUUCUACCCUCAUUUCUAACCUCAACUAGCAACCAAGGUAACCAAAAAUUAACAGCACACUGUUUAUCCUUCUAUACCCUUCUUCCUACUCGUAUGUAUACAUUCAUGUGGGAAAGGGUCUUUCAUUAAUAUUAUUAUAAUACAUCAUAUUACAACCUAAUUUUUGCACUCAAUGGUACAUCAUGUACAGCCUUCCAGAUCAUGAAUAAAUCUAACUCAUUCUUUUUAAUUGCUGCAUAAUGUCAAGGCUGCUUUUUUAUUUUUUUAACUUGUUCACCAAGUUUAGCCAAAACAAUAUAGUGUGAGUAAUUUUUUUAAUAGCUUAUGUCACUAAGUGAAAAUUUACAAGGCAUAAUCCCCCUUCUGAAAAUGUUUAUUAAUAAUGUCAGCAAAAAGUAUGAUGCAGGAUAAAUUCUAAACAAAUUUUCAAGAAGCACCAGAUGCACAGUAUGAAAAAAGAAGGAGAAGGAGAUUGGGGCAAUUAAAUAUUUUAUUAAAAUUGUAAAAUAAGUAUUUUAAUCUCCGUUUGGAGCUUGACAUUAACCUGUGGCACCUUAUUACUAUGUCUCUGAGAAAUACGGAAAUUAGUAGGGAAAAAUAGAAACCAAUUAAGUAUAUGAGUGAUCUAUUAUAUCUCUUAUUUUUAAGGUGUUAGGAUAAAGAUUUAACUUGAGAAAUAAGUUGAGAAGAUGGGAUUGUUUUAGGUUGUACAUAGACACAGCACUAAAUAACAUUUAAGUCAAAUAGUAAGGAAGUUCUUUUCAGUUCUUCCUUGAGCCUUCUAAUUAAGUAAAGGAGAAUGUCACAAUCGUGCUGUCAUCUUUUAAUCCCCCUUGUUAAGAAAAAGAAGAGGCUUCAGAACUUCAGAAACAAUAUUUAGCGGGUGCCUGUGUGGCUCAGUCAUUAAGCAUCUGCCUUCGGCUCAGAU